GACAUCGUCAAAAGAUGUUGAUUCUGGACCGGAUACACCACCUGCAGGUGAUGUCCCAGUGCUGGUGCAGGCCGGUCCUGCUCGCUGUGGAACUGGGCAUGCUGGUGGCGGUCCUGGUGGCCAGCAGUGCAGGACAGAUCCAAGACAAAAGGGAGGCAGGCUCGUCCUGCUACGGAGGAUUUGACCUGUACUUUGUUUUGGAUAAGUCUGGCAGUGUGCAACAUUACUGGAAUGAGAUAUAUUAUUUUGUUGACCACCUGGCUCACAAGUUUAUCAGUCCUCAGCUGCGGAUGUCUUUUAUUGUAUUUUCAACAGAAGGAAGGAUUCUCAUGGCACUAACAGAAGACAGAGAGCAGAUCCGGGCGGGACUGGAGGAGCUAAGCAUGGUGCAGCCAGGUGGAGACACCUUCAUGCACAGAGGUUUUCAAAGAGCCAGCGAGCAAAUAUACUACGGGACUGGAGAUGGUUACCGGACAGCCAGUGUUAUCAUCGCGCUGACGGACGGUGAACUGAGGGAGAAUCAGUUUGACCUCGCACAAAGAGAGGCCAGCAGAGCGCGCCAGUUGGGUGCCACCGUGUACUGUGUGGGCGUAAAAGACUUCAAUGAAACCCAGCUUUCAACGAUAGCUGACAGUAAGGACCACGUCUUCCCGGUGAAUGAUGGAUUUGAGGCGCUGCAAGGGGUCAUUGACUCGAUCCUGAAGCGAUCAUGCAUUGAGAUCUUGGCUGUAGAGCCCUCCAGCAUCUGUGAAGGAGAAUCUUUCCAGGUGGUGGUCAAAGGAAAUGGUUUCCUUCACGCCCGAGAUGUACAGAAAGUUCUCUGCAGCUUUCGCAUCAACGACACAGUUACUCUGAUGAAAAGACCUUUGGUGGUAAAAGAUACCUACCUUCUGUGCCCAGCUCCUGUUCUGGAAAAAGAGGGAACCUGUGCCACUCUCCACGUCAGCAUGAAUAAUGGCCUGAGCUUCAUAUCAAGCUCUGUCACAAUCACUGCAGUCACCUGUUCUGACGGGACCUUCGUGGCCAUCGCUCUGCUCAUCCUGCUGCUCCUGCUCAUCAUCCUUCUGCUGUGGUGGUUCUGGCCUCUCUGCUGCACCGUGGUCAUUCACGAGCCGCCUCCUCCAGUAAUAGAGGACAGCUCUGAUGACGAGGACGGUUUUCCCAAGAAGAGGUGGCCCACAGUGGACGCCUCGUACUACGGAGGACGUGGAGUCGGAGGCAUCAAGAGAAUGGAGGUCCGAUGGGGAGAUAAAGGCUCGACUGAAGAAGGAGCCAAACUGGAAAAAGCUAAAAACGCUCGAGUUGUGAUGCCCGAGGAGGAGUUUGAUCCACCACGGCCUUACUACAGCGUGCACAAAUCCAUCCGCCCACAGAAGUGGUACUCUCCUAUCAAGGGCAAACUGGACGCUUUGUGUGUAUUCCUGAGAAAAGGCUACGACAGAGUGUCUGUGAUGCGACCUCAUCCUGGAGACAAGGGCAAGUGCAUAAACUUCACCCGAAGCAAAUCCUACCCUGCUCCUCACUAUCCCAUCUACAAGCAUCCCUCCACGCCCGUCUACACUUUGCCCCACAGUUACCAGCGUCGUCCAUCGGAGGGCAGCCACGUCUUCAAUUUGCCCCCUUCGCCCACUUCAACGCUACCCCCUCUACCGUCCACUCCUCCCCCGUCCUUCACCACCCCUCCAAUGUACACCCCCCCUCCAAACAGAGCUCUGCCCCCUUCCGACAUGAGCUCAGUCUCUGCACCCCAGUCUCCAACUGGCUCCCUACCGCCUCCCCCUCAGGGUCCACCCCCAUGUAGAGCGCCUCCUCCGUCACGCCCUCCUCCACGCCCCAAUCAUGAGAACCAGUGAUGAUAAAAAAAAAAAAGCAAAAUGCUGAGAAGAAGGAUCCAAGCUGGAGUGGAAACCUGAAAAGAUCUUCUCCCCGUGCCUCUGUCCAAACAGAGUGACUGUGUAAUGUCGCCUUUUCCGGCUGCAACUGUUGAUCCUCAACAAGUGGCUCACGCAUGAUGUGCCAUGAACUAUGACUUGUUUUAUAAGUUUAUAAAGUGAAUAUUUAGUGCAGCGAACACAGCUUUGGCUAUUAAAUGCUAUUGGAGCUAAGCAACGUACUCAUUUUUUACAAACAUUUCUUCCUGAUAUCAAAUCAGACACUGCGAUG